AUGCAAGCCAUUCAGUUUCAAAACGUGGCCAGGAUGGCAGCUCUGAACAAGUUGUCGAGUUCUCGAAAGAGAACGCAGGAUGGCUUUGCUAUCUAUACAAAAGAAGAGUUGGGAAUUAAUAAGGCAGAUGCUGGAAGCACACCGCCGCACUUUCUUCAUCCCUUUGUCUGCCGCAGAGUCUGUUAUGAUAAUAUAGAUUAA